AUUCACAGUAGAGCUUACAGAGUGUACAAUAAACGGACUCUCAAGGUAGAAGAGUCCAUACAUGUGGUAUUUGAUGAAUCUUUCAGCAAGUAUGCAUAUAUAAUUAAUGAGGAUGAUGAUCUAGGACUUGGACAUCAUUCUAGAAUUCAUCAAAAGACGUCAACAGAAGAGGAUAACACAAUUGAAAUAGUGCAGAGUCCCAACAAGGAAAAAGAAAGUGAAGAACACACUAUGCAAGCCCAACAACACAUUCAGAAGAUGCAUCCUCCUUCUCUUAUCAUAGGCAACAUGAAUCAAGGUAUGACUACUAGAUCUCAAAAAGCCAAUGUACACACAGUGACUCGCUCCUAUCGUCACUCUAGAAAAUGGCCAAGUGUAACCACCUCCUAAAGCGUAGUAUAGCAGGAUUGGGUUUUAACGUCAACCCGGGUCCUAGAUGUGAUGACUACUCCGUGAGUUCUUAUUAUUUAGCAGUGAAACUUUAGUGAAGGUCCAAACAAGCAAAGCAAGUAAAAAGAUUGUUUUCAAGUCGAGAGAGGUCACCCGGAUAUGGUUCCCCCUAGACUACAGUUAAGCCGGAUUGUAAUUUACCAAGUUCAGGUUCUGUAACACCCCGAAUUUUGGGUUAGGUUCGACCAUAAUACGUGGACGGUUGGUUUAACGAGUAUGUACGAAGAGUUGCAACCGGGGAUUAAGAAUAAUAAUAUAAUAAUAAUAAUAAUAACAACUAUUAUUAUUAUUAUUAUUACUAGUAUAAAAAGGGAGCUCGUUCCCUUCCUUAGUCGGCAUCUCCCAAGAAGAAACAAAAACCCUACCUCUUGAUCUUCUUCCUUUUCCCCAGAACCACCAAUCCAUCGCCAUCAAAUAUUGAUUCCACAAAAAAAUCCAAAUCAUCGAGGAAGGGAGCGCAGGUAGAAUCAACAAGCAGAAGCUUUUCAGAGCACCAAUUGGAGAGUGCAAUAAGGAAGACGAGGAGAAGAUCGAUGGAAAAUCAAGAUGGUGGGCAUUUGUUGGCAAUAUUCAUGAGUUGUAUUAAUAUAUAUGUUAUGGGUGUCCGCGAAUCUUUUGCAUGAAAGCAAUCGGUGCGGUAGUCUCUCGAUGGCGGGUCAAGCGAAAGGAAGCAAGCAAUGUUCGGGAUCAAGAAGAGGAAGUGGAGGAGAUAGUUCAAAAAUCCAAGGCCGGUUCAAAGGAGGUAGUGAGCCCGACAAUGAGAAAUCGUUUUAAGGAAUGCACGAAUUGGUUCCAGUGGCUGAUGUUCUUGGGCGACCCUGAUGUUGCUCUAUUAAACUUGUCUAGGUUGAGUUCAGGACGUGGUGUCUGUGGGGCUGUUUGGGGUACUAAUGAUAUAUCCUAUAGGUGCCGUACUUGUGAACAUGGUCCAACUUGUGCCAUUUGUGUUCCGUGUUUUCAAAAUGGUAAACACGAGGAUCAUGAUUAUUCAAUAAUCUAUACUGGUGGAGGUUGUUGUGAUUGGUCGGGAUUGGAGAAUGGUUUGGGAGCUUGCUGUGAGUCAUUGAUUGAAGGAAGUGGUCGGUCAUCAUCAUCCAAUGGGAUGAUGGUCGUUGGUAUAUGGAGUUGUUCAGGUAGCAAUGUACAAGGUAUGGAAUUAUCAAUUAAUCAUCGGGGAGUGAACCAAGAGAUGGAUGAUUAUGUAAAGACAAUUUUUAAAAGCACCCAGGAUGGAGAUUCUGUGCACAUUUCAAGUAAAGGAGGGCCGAGCUUAAGGCGAUCAACCCUUGGAUGAUGGUCAGUUCAAGUAAAUCAACUGGAUAUUAAGGUGGGUGUAAAGGGGGUAAAUUCUAUGCCUUACGUAUUUUAGCGAAUUGGUUACCGUUGCUUGGUUACGUGUAUGAUUGAUUAUGUGUGCUUUGCUUGAGUUAUGGUUUGAGGUGAGUUUGUGCUAUUUGAUGUGAUUUGAGGUGAUUUUGUGCUAUUUACCUUAAAGCGUUUUGUUUAAUUUACUGUUAAAGUUUAAGAAACAAGUUCUUUUUAAGAAGUAACUCACCUUCAAGAAGGUGAAGUCGUUUUAAGUGUUUUUAGUCACUAGCGCCAUUCCGUUGCCAUUUGAUAUUUUCAGAUAGAGCAGCAGUUAUGCUCUUGAGAUCUUUGAGAUAGAGCAGCAGUUAUGCUCUUGAGACUUUUAAGAUGAGCAACAGUUAUGCUCUUGAGAUUCGUGGUGAAGAGCCACCACGAUAAGUUUAAGAUGUUAGGGGGAUGAAUCGUUACGACUUCCCUAACUAAGUUUAAGUUUAAGGAAAGCCUUGAUGGCUUCUCAUACGUAUGAGUUUGCAACCGGACUAGCUAGUGGGGGAUCCCAGUGUCAGUCAAGUAUUAAAGUUGAGAUUUAAGCUUUAAGAAUGGAGAGUAACAGUUACUCCCAUACAGUUUUAAGAUUUAAGAUUUUAAAGAAUGGAAGUACAAACAACUUCCCUCAGUUUGAGUUUAAGUGUUUGAGAAGAAGUACAAAAUUAGUAGAAAGUUAAAAACGUAAGGGCGUAGACUGACCCCAACUCACUCACCAGGCCUUAGUAAGGGAAUGAGCGAGAACCAGUUCAGUAGCAGCUAGCUAGAGGAGCAGUUAGAGAGCAGGGAGUUCGAGAGGAAAAGUUCAAGGGCAGCCAGCUAGAGGAGGGCAGUAUAAGCGUCACAGAGGAUGCUUAGCCAAGGUUUCAGUAGCCACAACAUUAGAGAUUAUCAGUUAUUUACAUUUAUGAUUAUGAGUAUAGACUGGAGAUCAGAUUGAGAUUUAAAGUUUGAGUUUAAUUUGCCCACGUGUUAGGGCUUUGCUCGGAACUACAAGUGUGUUUUUCAGUAUUUUGUUUAUGAAAAUUUUUCCCGCUGCCAUUUAAGAUUUGAGUAUUUUAUUUGUCAAGGGAAUUUUAGUAAAAGUAGUACCCGGCCGGGUUAGGGUGUUUCAUUUUGGUAUCAGAGCCGGUCUUCCUCUGUUCCUUGGUCUCCAAGGAAUACUGGAAUGUCGGUCUCAGUUUUAAAGGCUUUUGUUUUAAAGGAAAGGAAAACGAUUCAAGGAUCUUCUUUUAAGAGUUUAUAGAAUCUCCAGUCUACUCUAAUCGUAUUAAGGUAAAUAACUAAAGUUCUAAUAGAAGAGGUUCCAAUCGUAAGGGAAUACCUCUAGGAUUUUGAAAGAGUUGAAGGAGUAGUACGAGGAUUCUACUACUAGGCAGCAAGGAGAGGAUCUAAUAAGCAAAAGCAAACAAAAAAGAGAACUAUGAAUCUCCGAAGAAAGAGCUACAACCACUAGAUGUCAGUAGCUAUAAUGAUGCAAGGAUUUCAGGGUCCUUGACCCUAAGAAGUGGCGAGGAAGCAAUGAGCCAAGAAACAAAGAGGUACCACUAGAAGUCCCUAACCUAGUUUUAGUGGUCACCGCUAUUACAACACCGUGAUAAGGAGCAGCGGGAAGCUUAGACUUCAAGAAAAGCUAGAGUAGUAUAAAUGAACUAAAUGAGGAAAUAAGUAGGUUAGAGGGGGUCUGAAAGGAUGUCAAGAAGUCAAUAGAUUGAGGAGGAGAGGAGGCAUGGUCAUUUACAUAUGACGAUGAAGGAACCCUUGUAGAUAAACUAUGUCAUCUAGAGAAGAGGGUACAUAACCCUGGGUAGUUAGGCUGAUAGCAAGCCUUUAAAAGGAACAAGACAAGCAACGAGAUAAAUGAUGUAGAGGUUG